GGCUGAUAUCGUUGGUUACCUUAGCUGACAUAUGCAUUCGCAGGUGCAGCCGACUCAGUUGAAGUUCGAACGAAGUUGAAGAUGGGACAGUUCCUAUGUUCUGUCCUACUUACGACUCUGACCAUAUGACUCUGUGUUUUCGCCACCAACUAGACAUUAGACAACGCAAUUAAAGAAAGAAAAACUCAUUUCUCAAAGGUUCCAUUCCACUCUCUAUUGUCUUCUGUUAUUGAAUUUUUCCCAUAAUUAUUUAAAUGAACGACAUUUUUUCUUUCUUUCUUUUUUCUGCUGUUGCUAUUAUGCGCAUCCCUGGAUCUUCAUGUUUCUUCUUUAUUUCCUUCAGGAAUGGAAACUCACGGUUUCCCCCUUCAUACAUAAAUUAUCCUCAAUUAACUGAUUCUUAGGGUUUCUAAAGUUCCCCCAAGCUAGUUUAACAUAAACAGUUCCCCCAAGUUAAGUGGAACUGUUUACAGAUAAAUAAAUCCUAGUUUUUCUUGUGUUACUGCUUCUGCCUCUUCCACGUUUCGUUUUCCAGUGUGUAGUAUCUAUAAUCACCUCACUAUAGAACUCUGUUAAUUAUGUUGUUCUCAUUUCUUGGGGUAUCAUAAUAGUAAACAAAUUUCUUUCUUUCUUUGUCCUUUUUAAUUUAUAAUAUUGAUUGAUAGAAGAGGUGAAUUCCUUCAGAUUUUAUUUCUUGAUGGAUCCUCAUUUCAAGUUCAAUUUCGUCAACGGAUUUAAAGUCAACCAAGUGCCUAUUAUGCUCAAUGUAGGGGAUCAGUGCCUUGACCCUGUAAAUGGGAUGAGAUCCAUCCACUCUGGAUUCAUGGAUAACCGGUUUCGUCUUCCACCUGAUCCAAACGAUGCUCAAAUUCCUGAUUCCCUCUCCACCAUUACUACGGAAGAAGACUCUGAUCCCUUGGAUGAGACUGAUUUCUCUGCUACCGUCCUACGCUACAUAAACCAAAUGCUUAUGGAAGAGGACCUGGAGGAGAAGCCCUGCAUGUUUCAUGAUUCUUUGGCUCUUCAAGCCGCUGAGAAAUCAUUCUAUGAGGUCAUUGGUGAGGCAUACCCUUCUUCUUCCAUCCAAAACUAUCACAAAGUGGAGAGCCCUGAUGACAGUCUCUAUAGUAACUUCAUCGAUUUUAGCAGUUGCAAUACCACUAGUACUAGCAACGCGGUUGAGUCCCAUUGGAGUAACAUGGAUCUUACUGAGUACAAGCAUUCUUUCCUUCAAACCAAUUUUCCUGCUGACUUUGUUUUCCAGGCGAGUUCAACCUAUUGUACGCAAUCUUCUAUGAAUAGCACUAGUAGCUUCAUUGUAAACAAUAUUGGAUUCUUGGAAAGUCCCAGGGCUGGAUUUUUAGAUUCAAACUUGCUUAACAAGAGUGAGUCUAUACUGCAAUUUGAGAAAGGUGUGGAGGAAGUCAGUAAGUUUCUGCCUAAAAGGAAUCCAUUGGUUAUUGACCUGGAGAACAGCACUUUUAGCCAUUCUUUUAGAAAGAAGAAUCAUGAGCGGGAGGAUGAAACAGAUUUACAAGAUGGGAGAAGCAACAAGCACUCAGCUGUUUGCAUGGAUGACAAUGAGUUAUCAGAAUUAUUUGAUAAGGUACUGCUACCCCAGAGGUGGGGAAAUGAGGCAGCUCCUCUGAGUAAUUGUAAAAAAGACCAGCCGAAUGGACCAAGCAUGAGCAAGCAGCAGAAAGAAGAAAACAACAAGUCUUGUAGUGGAAAGAGCCAUGUUAAGAAACAAGACAAUAAUAAGAAGGGAGUUGUGGAUCUGAGGACACUAUUGAUUGUAUGUGCACAAGCUGUUUCUUUUAAUGAUCGUGCAACUGCUAAUGAGUUAUUGAAGCAGAUAAGGCAACAUUCUUCCCCGCUGGGUGAUGGGUCUCAGAGGCUGGCCCAUUGCUUUGCAAAUGCUCUUGAAGCACGCUUGGCUGGCACUGGCACUCAGAUUUAUACUGCUUUAUCCUCCAAAAGAACCUCUGCUGCAGACAUGGCCAAAGCUUACCAAAUGUAUAUUUCAGCCUGCCCAUUCCAGAAGCUUGCACUUAUUUUUGCAAACCUUACAAUUUUGAAACUUGCCAAGGAAGUGGAAACUCUUCAUAUUGUAGAUUUUGGCAUCCUUUAUGGCUUCCAGUGGCCUUCACUUAUUUAUCAUCUCUCAAAACGACCUGGUGGACCUCCCAAGCUGCGCAUGACAGGGAUAGAGCUCCCUCAACCUGGUUUCAGGCCAGCAGAGAGAGUCCAAGAGACAGGCCUUCGCUUGGCAAGGUAUUGUGAUCGAUUUAAUGUUCCAUUUGAGUUCAAUGCUAUUGCACAGAAAUGGGAAACCAUCAGAAUUGAGGACUUGAAGAUAAAGAAAAAUGAAUUUGUUGCAGUGAAUUGUUUGGUUCGAUUUAAGAAUCUACUUGAUGAGACAGUUGUGUGGAAUAGCCCCAAGGAUACUGUUUUAAAUUUAAUUAGGAAGGCAAAUCCCACUAUCUUUAUACAUACUAUUGUCAAUGGGAGCUAUAAUGUCCCAUUCUUUGUGACACGGUUCCGGGAGGCUCUUUUUCAUUACUUUUCAUUGUUUGAUGUGCUUGACACCAAUGUUGCUCGUGAAGAUCCCAUGAGGUUGAUGUUUGAGGAGGUGUUCUUUGGGAGAGAGGUAAUGAAUAUUAUAGCUUGUGAGGGUUCUAAGAGAGUUGAGAGGCCCGAGACAUACAAGCAAUGGCAAGGUCGGAACAUGAGGGCUGGGUUUAGGCAACUUCCUUUGGAUCAACAUCGCAUUAACAAAUUAAGAUGCAAGUUGAGAGAAGUGUACCACAGUGAUUUCAUGCUAGAUGAAGAUGGCAACUGCAUGCUGCAAGGUUGGAAGGGCCGAAUUAUUUAUGCUUCCUCCUGUUGGGUUCCAGCAUAGCCCUUGACAAUGUUCUUCCCUGGGUGGUUAGUAGAAGCGUUUCAUGAGUUCGUAGGAGAGAAAUGGUCCACUCAGGAAUCUGGCAAACAUAACUUGGACUUCCCUAAAGUCCUAUGGUUAACCUAUAGCACUGUUCAGUCUCAGUACCCAACAUAUUUUUUAUUUAGUUGUAUGCGUAUAA